GGAGCGAAGUGUGUGUCUCAGCUUCGCUCGGAGGACGCGCCUCCUCAUCAUCGACGUGGCUCUGAGGCGCGCACGGGAAGACCUGCCUCCCUCCUCCACGCGUGAAUGAUGUAGGACAGGACGAGGACCGUCUCACCUCCCUUGUUGAACGAACCUCGGCCGGCGAUCGUGAAUGUUGCCAAGGAUACCAGCGACACUCUUUCAGCAGAAUCACCACCUUUAUCUUCCAGGCUGAAUCCAAGAGAGGAGAGGGCGACCACCGGCAUUUUGUGAAGCCAAGGAGAAGAAAAGAUGGACAUCACCGACCAAGGAGCUCAAAUGGAGCCGCUCUUGCCCACGGAACAAAGUUCUCAGGACAGUAAAGAUGUGAGGACGGAUGAAGAGGCAGUGGUGGACCGCGGUGGCACGCGCUCAAUGCUCAACACCAACUUUGAGAAGGAAGAACUAGAAGGUCACCGUACUCUCUACAUUGGAGUUCAUGUUCCCCUCGGCAGGCGGUCCCACCGACGUCACCGUCACCACGGACACAGACACAGGAAGAGGUCUAAGGAGAGAGACCCAACAACCGAAGAUGGACGGGAAUCUCCAUCACACACAGACACGCCAGCUCAAAGAGUGCAGUUUCUGUUGGGGACAGAAGAUGGCGACGAAGAACACAUCCCUCACGCUCUUUUUACAGAGCUGGAUGAAAUUUGCCUCCGGGAGGGGGAGGAUGCUGAAUGGAAGGAGACAGCCAGGUGGCUGAAGUUUGAGGAGGAUGUUGAGGAUGGCGGUGAGCGGUGGAGUAAGCCAUAUGUUGCCACUCUGUCUCUACACAGCCUUUUUGAGCUUCGCAGUUGCAUAAUGAAUGGCACUGUGAUGCUGGACAUGAGGGCGAACUCACUGGAGGAGAUUGCCGAUAUGGUUUUGGACCAGCACGAGGUGUCUGGGCCUGUGGGUCAGGAUGCCAGGAGGAGGAUCCGCGAGGCCCUGCUAAAGCAGCACCACCACCAGAACCACAAAAAACUAGCCAAUCGCAUUCCAAUUGUUCGCUCUUUUGCAGAUAUCGGCAAAAAACAGUCUGAACCCCAUUCCAUGGACAAGAAUGGCCAAACAGUCUCACCCCAGUCUCAGCCGGCCAACAAUGAAGGCAAACAGGACGUCAGCAGAGAAAAUAGUGCUGUCGACUUCAGCAAGAUUGACCUGCACUUCAUGAAGAAGAUCCCUCCUGGAGCGGAGGCUUCUAAUGUUCUGGUCGGGGAACUGGAGUUCUUAGAACGUCCGGUCGUGGCCUUUGUCCGCCUCGCACCUGCUGUGCUGCUCAACGGUCUGGCAGAAGUUCCCAUCACCACAAGGUUUCUCUUCAUCCUGCUUGGCCCCCUGGGAAAGGGCCCCCAGUAUCAUGAAAUCGGCCGAUCCAUCGCCACCCUGAUGACAGAUGAGAUUUUCCAUGAUGUGGCAUAUAAAGCCAAAGACAGAAAUGACUUGGUCGCAGGCAUCGACGAGUUCCUCGACCAGGUGACCGUGUUACCUCCUGGAGAGUGGGACCCGUCCAUAAGGAUAGAGCCUCCGAAAAAUGUUCCUUCUCAGGAAAAGCGCAAAAUACCCCCUGUUCCCAACGGAGUGACAGAUCUUGGGGAGUCUGAGGCACACGGAGGACACGGUGGACCGGAGCUUCAGCGCACAGGAAGGUUUUUUGGGGGGUUCAUCUUGGACAUCAAGAGAAAAGCUCCUCACUACUUGUCCGACUACACAGAUGCCAUCAGCCUGAAGUGUUUGGCCUCUUUUCUCUUCCUGUACUGCGCCUGCAUGUCACCUGUUAUUACCUUUGGUGGGCUCUUGGGAGAGGCCACGGAAGGACGCGUGAGUGCUAUUGAGUCCCUGUUUGGGGCUUCAAUGACUGGAAUUGCCUAUUCACUGUUUGCUGGUCAACCCCUCACCAUCCUUGGCAGUACGGGUCCUGUACUUGUCUUUGAGAAGAUCCUCUUCAAGUUCUGCAAGGAAUAUGGCCUCUCCUACCUCUCCCUGAGGGCCUGCAUUGGCCUGUGGACAGCCUUCUUCUGUCUGCUGCUGGUGGCCACAGAUGCCAGCUCGCUGGUCUGCUACAUCACACGCUUCACUGAAGAAGCCUUCGCUGCACUGAUCUGCAUCAUCUUCAUCUAUGAGGCGCUGGAGAAGCUGGUCCACCUGGGCGUGCACUACCCCAUCAACAAGAACAACGACCUGCUGAAGCUCACACAGUAUUCAUGUGCGUGUGUGGAACCCAGAGACCCCAGCAAUGCCACAAUGAAGUUCUGGGAGGAGAGAAACAUCACAGCCUCCCAAGUCAACUGGACUGUGCUGGACGUUCACGAGUGCGAGAUGCUACAUGGAAGCUUUGAAGGCGCCGCCUGUGGUCCCCACGGUCCCUACAUCCCUGACGUACUGUUUUGGUGUGUGGUGCUGUUCUUCUCCACUGUCUUCAUGUCUGCGUUCCUCAAGGAGUUUAAGACCAGCCGAUACUUCCCCACCAAGGUGCGGGGCAUCAUCAGCGAUUUCGCAGUCUUCAUCACCAUCCUCACCAUGGUGCUGAUAGAUUACGCCCUGGGGAUCCCUUCACCUAAGCUGCAGGUGCCCAGCAAGUUCAAGCCAACCAGAGACGACCGUGGCUGGAUUAUCAACCCAGUUGGUCCGAACCCCUGGUGGACCACCAUCAUCACAUUCAUCCCGGCUCUGCUGUGCACGAUCCUCAUCUUUAUGGACCAGCAGAUCACAGCGGUCAUCAUCAACAGGAAGGAGCACAAGCUGAAGAAAGGUUGUGGAUACCACCUGGACCUGUUCGUGGUGGGCGUGAUGCUGGGCGUGUGCUCGGUCAUGGGCCUGCCGUGGUUCGUGGCUGCCACCGUGCUGUCCAUCUCCCACGUGAACAGCCUGAAACUGGAGUCCGAGUGCUCCGCUCCCGGAGAGCAGCCAAAAUUCCUGGGGAUCAGAGAGCAGCGUUUCACCGGCCUGAUGAUCUUCACCCUGAUGGGCUGCUCUGUCUUCAUGACAUCUGUGCUGAAGUUCAUCCCGAUGCCGGUGCUUUACGGUGUGUUCCUCUAUAUGGGGGCGUCUUCGCUCCGAGGCAUCCAGGUACACUUCUUCAGUUUCAUGUUGGGGACUAACAGCGGAAAACUUGACGACUCCGUGUAUCUGUGCGUGCAGUUUUUUGACCGUCUGAAGCUGUUUGGCAUGCCGACCAAGCAUCAGCCAGACUUCAUUUAUCUCCGCCAUGUUCCCCUGAGGAAGGUUCACCUUUUCACCAUCAUCCAGCUCAGCUGCUUGGUGCUGCUCUGGACCAUCAAGACCUCCCGAGCUGCCAUCGUGUUCCCAAUGAUGGUCUUGGCGUUGGUGUUCAUCCGAAAGCUUCUUGACUUCAUCUUCACCAAAAGAGAGCUGAGCUGGCUGGAUGAUCUGAUGCCAGAGUGGAAGAAGAAGAAGCUGGAGGACGCAGCACAAGAGGAGGAGCACAGUAUUAUUGUCGAAGAGGAAGGCAUCGUACAAGUGCCAUUGGAAGCUCAUUUCAAGGGAGACCCUGCCACCGUUAACAUCACGGAUGAGAUGUCCAAAGGAUCGUUUGGCAACGUGUGGAAGAGUGUCAACCCUCCUGAGAGCACCAACAAGGAGCCGAGCGCAAAGAGCUCCCCCACCUAACCUCUCAGCAGCUGGUACCCCAAAGUUGUUCCACUGGAGGUGAAAAGCGCCACAAGCGGCGAAGACACAACAAGAGCCUGGACAGAGAGACGAGUUUGUGAUGACACGCACUGAGGCGGUGGCACUAUGCUGUCAGAAAUAAUAUUUUAAAAAAGACAAAAAAAAACACACACACACACACACUAUACCGUGCCACACUCAACCACCUUCGUACUGUGUUACACUGUGUUUUUGUCAUGUAUGUCUGUGUGCAGUUUGUGUACAACCGACAGUUGUGUUAGAAGCAUUAUUAACACAAAAAACCAACGCACAUCUCGUCUUCUUUUUUUUUAUUUUAAUGUAUAUCCAUGUUUGGUGAUACCAGCAACUACAGAAUUAUUUAACAUCUCUAGGUCAGUGGGCCAAUAAUAUGAUCAUUUUAGACAAUUUUUAAACCUACUUUAAUUGUAUUUUGUAUCUUUUUUACAUAUUUCCAAAAAAAAAAAAGCAAUGGCUAGUUGAAGAAUCCUGCCUGUGCGACCGUAGUGUCGCCAGUCCGUCGGCUUGUGGACCUCAGAUACUACAAAUAAAGACUUGCCAAAAGUGUUUCACUACUAAAUAAGUUGGAUGAUUACAUUUUAUAUCUAUAUCUAAAUGUCAGUGUGUGAGACCACGUUUUGAUGAUGGCGUCCCUUCCCCAGCUUUAGGAACCGUUUUGCAUCGCUCGGGUUUUUGUGCGCUAAUUGUGAAGAAAAGCCAGCUACAGUUGAAAUCACAGAAACCACGACGCCGUGGAGCUUCAUAAGAGAAAACUAUGCCUUCAACCAUAUUUUGCAGGGCAGCUUUCGUCACUUUAACGGUAGCAUGGCCGCACAGUUUGCAUCUGUUGCUUGGGCUUUAUUUUUAACUUGUUUUUCAAUAGCUGAACUUGAAAGUGGCUGUACAGAAGAGCUGUGUGUUACCACCUCCAUCCUCGUCCUUGUUUCUCACCCGCAGACGCGUGGUCUCUUCGCUUCGGAAGCUACUUGUUCUUCAAACCACCUCUCACCGCAGGAUCAUGAUUACUUCUAGAGAUGCAAUAAUACCUUUUUUUUCUGGGAAAGGCGACAUAUAAUAAGCAGUUAAGAGUCUUAACAAUGUAUGAAACAUAGUAUAUUUUAUUCAUGUAUAAUGUUACUAAUAUAUUACUAACAUGAAGUUUUUUCUUUCUUGUUGUUGUAUGUUCUUUUCCUUUCGUCGAUGAAAUGGUUCUUAGUUGAGUAGAGAAGUUAAUCAUGGGUCAAAAUUAUAUCAAUAACACAUAUUUUGACCGAGUCUGUGUGUGGAAAUUUUGCCUUAAAUUUGGUAGAGCUAGCUGUACACUUUCUGUUGGAUAAUUUAAGUCACCUGUACAGAAUGCUGUCUGUUCUGAUCUGUUGUUUAACUGUGAUCUGUUUCACGAGCGGCUGGGUGAGUGAGAGCGUAAAUAAACAUAUGAAACCAA